UUUGACAAUUUUCGUUUUUGGUCGGAAUACAAUACACAACGCAGGAAAACAGUGUCAGGAGUUGUUUGGAGUAUGAGCAUGGCUGCUGGGGAAGGGGCUGGCUUCAAAGCCGCCAUAGUGUUUGUGGUUGCAGCUCUUUCUGCCUCCGCAGCCUUCUCUGUGCAUUUCUGGAGGAGAAAAUCUAGGGAUUUGGAAUCCAAGGUCAAAGAGUUGGAAAAGUCUCUCCAAUCCUCCUUUGAGAAAUGUGCUGCGGAGAGACAAGGUCGAAUUCGGGCUCAGCAGGCUUUAAGGAAAUCACUGGUUCAACCAAAGUUUGACAAUCUUGAGGUGACUUCUUAUCCAAUGACACCCAUUGGUAUCAUACACUCGUGUUUCUCUACCAGGAAUGGGACACCUAGGCAACCUUUACUUGUACCUCUUGCUAGGGCAUGCUUGGUCUUUGAUUUGUCUCGUGUUCCUCCAGCAGCCCUUGAGGGUCUUGAGCAAUAUUCUCAUUGCUGGAUUGUAUGUGUCUUUCAUCUAAAUACUGAUCUUGAGAAGCUUUGGAAGGACCCAACUAAGUCGAAGUUCAAGGCAAAGGUGAGAGUGCCGAGAUUGAAAGGUGAAAGGAUGGGAGUAUUUGCAACACGGUCUCCACAUCGGCCUUGCCCCAUUGGGCUCACUGUUGCAAAGGUGGAGGCAAUACAAGGGCAUAUGCUUCUACUCUCUGGCGUGGAUCUGGUUGAUGGGACGCCAGUACUUGAUGUGAAACCUUAUCUUCCCUACUGUGACAGCAUCCAAGGAGCAACAAUACCUGAGUGGUUAACGGCGGACAAUUUAUUAGUGGUAGCUUCUGUAAGCUUCUCUGAGAAUUUCACUUCCACACUUGCUGAUUGUUGGGAAAUAACUGGAAAGAAGUCACUCUAUGCUUCUGCUGAUGAGUUUCAAAGCCUGAUAAAGCAGGUGCUUUCAUGGGAUAUUCGAUCAGUGUCUCAACGAAAUCGACCUCACAACUCCCUUAUUAGGACAGAAAAUGGUAAAGGUUUCGAAAAAACUUUGGAUUCUGAGGAUGACAGAGAUGAGGAACCUCAUAGCAAUACAGCCGAGCUGUCUCUUCUUUCGUCUGGCAAAAUAAUAUAUCACCUGAUAGUGGAAGGAUUAGAAGUUUCAUACAAAAUUGACAGCAAUGGCAAUGUCAUGGUAGAGAAGGUCUCACCAUCAUCAGCCAUCCCCAACAAUAACCAGAAGCGCUCUAAUUAUUUGUCAUGGAAGGACAAAUUAAGGUAACUUUUAAUUAGAGGGACAAAUUAAGCUAACUUUCUUUGUUUACACCUAAAGAUGUUUCCAUGGUUGGAGAAUUUUCUGUUGUUUUA